CCUCGUUCUCAAUUCAUGUUUCUCGAAUACGCUGGAAUUCGUAUCGGUCCUGUAGUUAAGAAGGAUGUCAUGAAGGCUUCUAUCAUGUUGGAACACGACAGUCAGUACGCCACGAUCCUCGCGUUUGACGUGAAGAUCGAGAGAGACGCUCAGGAAUUGGCCGACUCGCUGGGGGUUAAAAUUUUCCAGGCAGACAUCAUCUACCACCUCUUUGACAAAUUCACCGCGUACAGAGAAGAGCUGAAGCAGCGUAAACGAGACGAGAACAAGCAUAUCGCCGUAUUCCCAUGCAAGCUUCGUAUCUUACCGCAGUACAUCUUCAACUCUCGAGAUCCUAUCGUAAUGGGCGUGAUGGUGGAAGCCGGGAUCGUGAAGGAAGGUACACCGCUUUGCGUGCCCAGCAAAGACUUUGUGGAGUUGGGCGUGGUGACGAGUAUAGAAUAUAAUCACAAGCCCGUGGAGUCCGCGAGAAAGGGUCAAGAAGUCUGUGUGAAAAUCGAGCCGAUACCGGGCGAGGCGCCGAAAAUGUUCGGCCGUCAUUUCGACGAGAAGGACUUCGUCGUGAGCAAGAUAAGCAGACAGAGCAUAGACGCUUGCAAGGAAUACUUCAGGGACGAUCUGGUGAAGACAGACUGGCAAUUGAUGGUCGAACUGAAAAAGCUCUUCCAGAUACUCUAGGACAUGCUGGACUGGGCGAAAACGUUGACGUUCCAACGACGAUUUUACCGGCUGGCGAACAUAGAAGCGAGGACCACGAUCAACGAGGAUGAGCACGCGAACCAUCUUGGAUCCGUUUUUGAUCGUUGUCGAUCGUUCACCGAAUUUGUAAUAUACACGUCGAAUUUCCCGUU